GUUGGUUAUCAACCUUGGCUCGUGGAAAAUCCCGAUUCAACACUGGUAAAAUUUAACAUUCGAGACAAAUCCUCCUACCUGAAAUACACCGAGCAGCUGGAUAAGUAUCUCUCAAAAUAUAACAACAUAACAGCGACUCGAAUAUGCACUGGCCAGGAAAGCAAUGCGCAGCUCUUCGCUGAUGGCAGCGCAAAGGCAGUACAGCUACCCGGCGAUGAUAUUAUAAAGGUCAUUGUUGGCGCCGACUGUCAGUGUUACGCAAUGGCCAGAUGCGCUGGGCAGCACAUCUAUUCCAGACAGUUACACUGUUUACAAGAUGCGUGCGCGCUACUAUUAAUUACGUAUUUUUGA